AAGAAGCAUCUUAUAGAGAGAGAGGGAGAGGGAGAGGGAGAGCGAGAGCUUUAGGGUUUCAAAAACUGAGACCCUUGAGAAGUCUCCGUACGGUAAAAGCUUCAUCUCGAUAUCUAUAGAAAAUGGGCGUCAUGGUCAAUCACCACUUGCUCGCUAUCAUCUUCGGCAUCUUAGGAAACGCAAUCUCCUUCCUUGUAUUCCUCGCUCCAGUGCCGACGUUUUAUAGAAUAUACAAGAACAAAUCGACUGAAAGUUUCCAGUCUCUACCGUACCAAGUGUCACUAUUUAGCUGCAUGCUGUGGCUCUAUUACGCAUUGACUAAACAAGAUGCUUUUCUCCUAAUUACCAUAAACUCUUUCGGCUGCGUCGUGGAGACUAUCUACAUCGCCAUGUUCUUCACUUACGCUACCAGGGAGAAAAAGAUGGCGGCUAUGAAGUUGUUCUUAACGAUGAAUGUUGCUUUCUUCUCGUUGAUUCUAAUGGUUACACAUUUCGCGGUUAAAAGCCCUAGCCUCCAAGUCUCGGUCAUCGGCUGGAUUUGUGUUGCUAUAUCUGUUUCUGUUUUCGCUGCCCCUCUAAUGAUCGUGGCGCGUGUUAUAAAGACCAAGAGUGUGGAGUUCAUGCCCUUUACGCUUUCUUUCUUCCUCACUAUAAGCGCUAUUAUGUGGUUUGCAUAUGGCUUAUUCCUCCACGACAUAUGCAUAGCUAUUCCAAAUGUGGUGGGGUUCAUAUUAGGGUUGGUACAAAUGGUUUUAUACGGAGUUUACAGAAACUCCGGGGAGAAAUUAGAUAUUGAGAAAAAUGUUAACAAUUCAUCAGAACAACAACUUAAGACCAUUGUUGUGAUGAAUCCGUCAGGUGUGUCGGAAGUGCACCCAGUUGAUGUCACGGUGAUGGAACCGGUGAUUCCACUCUCUUACACUGUUGUUCACCAUGAAGAUCCAUCAAAAUUUUCUAAAGAGGAGGAGCCGUUAACUGAAGCCGGACAAGGCCAUGUGGAGACUGCCGGGUCUCGGAUUUGAAGUGUCCUCAAGAUAUUUCACCAAUCAAACACAUAUCUCUCACUCACUCCUUCACUCUCUCUCUCUCUCUCCUCUUACUCUUGGCUCGUCGGCCUGCUAAAGAAAGAAGAUGUAUCGGUGGCUGUUUCUAUUUUUGUUUCGUAUCUUACCUAUUGUUAUUGAUGUACUUGCAUAAAGUUUUUAAAGGUGAAUAUGUGUUCUAAAAAGAAGAAGAAGUGAAUAUAUAUUAUCUCGUGAUAUUGUAUCUUAUAGU